UGGGAAGGCCAGCUCAGGCCGUCAGAUGCGCAGAGCGAGGGAUGGCCAUGGAAGCCCUGCCGCGCUGGCGCCCGCGCCCGCCGCUGGCACCUGACUUCCUGGCAACUGGAGAGCGCUGCCGCUCCCUUGCAGAUCAGCCCACUGGGCGCUGGCGGCGCGCGCAGCUGCUGGUGCCAUGCCUGGGCUUAUGGCGAAGCCUGAAGAGAUCUCGGGCAGCACGUCGGGCCACAAAAGUCGAAGAGGGGCCAACACAGUGGAAGCUGAAGCAAGACCUCUCGGAUCUUGAGAGGCGGAGCGAAGUUGUGCUGGCACGUUCAGGUUUCGGCACUUCGGAGUUUGAGGCCAAAGCCAAAAGCAUCCGCGCCGAGUCUGAGAAGCCAGAGCUAUGGGAGGACACCGCACAUGCGCAGUCAGUCAUGGCCGAGCUGGCGCGUUUGGAGGCUGUGGAAAAGCGCGCUGGGGCGUACCUGGCGACCUUCGAAGAGGCACAGACCGCCCUGGAGCUAGCGCAAGAUGCUGAAGCCGCGGGCGACCUGGACGAGUCCAGCAUGCUGCGAGAGGAGGCGGCAGCCUCCUUGCAGAAGCUGGAAAAGGAGAUCUCAGAAGCCGAGGUCCAGAUGAUGAUGGGGGGCCGCUAUGACUUCCAACAUUGUCAGAUCAGUAUCUACGCGGGGGCUGGAGGUGAUGAAGCCUGUGAUUGGGUUUGCAUGUUGGAGCGCAUGUACUGCAACUACGCACAGCAGAAGGGCUGGGCGACGAAGCGGGUGAAUUUCACCGAAGGCGACUCGCUGGGGCUAAAGAGUGUUGACUUUGAAGUGGCAGGUGAAUAUGCCUUCGGCAUGCUGCAGCGAGAAACAGGUACACACAGGUUGGUGCGGAUCUGGAACGGCAAGCGGCAAACGACCUUUGCAGGUGUCGAGGUGGUGCCACUGCUGCCCGACGACGCCGUUACAUCCCUGGAGCUGGACCCCAAAGACCUGCAGUGGGACUUCUUCCGGUCCGGUGGAAAGGGAGGCCAGAACGUGAACAAGGUGGAAACAGGAGUCCGAGUUACUCAUACACCGACUGGCGUUGUCAUGAAGUGUACAGAGGAACGCAGCCAGCUGUUGAACAAGGGCAAGGCCUUGGUCAAGCUUAAGGCGAAAUUGCUGCUGAUCCAGGAGCAGCAAAAGGUGGAAGAGUUGCAGAGCAUCCGGGGGGACCUGGUGUCAGCCCAGUGGGGCGCGCAGGUGCGCAACUACGUGCUCCAACCUUACACGUUGGUGAAGGACGUACGUAGCGGACAUGAGCGCGGAGACGCCGAGCGUGUCCUCAAUGGGGACCUGGACUCUCACGUUGAUGCAUUGCUGCGGAUGCAAGUCGAUGGCGACAAAAGUGGGCGUUUCAGUUGAUUGAGCUUGCACUUGACUGCCAUUAUACACGAUUC